AUGACCCCGCGCCGCCCGGACUCGUGCCGGCCGCCCCUGCAGCUGCUGCCGCUGCUGCUGCUCCUGCCACUGGUGCGCGCCGCCCCAGCCCCGCGCAGUCCCCGGGCGCCGGCCGCUGAGCUGGUGGUGCCCACGCUGCUGCCCGGCGGCGAGGCGAGGCUAGCGCUCCACCUGACAGCCUUCGGCAGGAACUUUGUGCUGCGCCUGGAGCCCGACGCCAGCUUCUUGGCGCCCAGCUUCCAGGUCCAGCACGUCGGGGCUUCUGGAGAGCCCGCCGGCGGUGAGGCGCGGCUGCGCCACUGCUUCUUCUCGGGCACUGUGGACGGCGAGCCCGGGUCGCUGGCGGCCGUGAGCCUGUGCGGCGGUCUGAGCGGAUCCUUCCUGCUGGCGGGCGAAGAGUUCUCUAUCCAGCCGCUCGGCGGGAGGCGCUCGCUCGGCCAGCUGCACCGCCUGCAGCGCUGGGGGCCUGGCUUUGAGCACCUCCGCGCCCGCACAUGGGCCCCGAAGCAGGGCGUGGAGAGCGGAGCCGGACGGCAGCCGGGAAGAGAAGCCGAGGGGCAGGAGGAGGAGGAGGAGGCAGAAGAAGAGGAAGCAGCCGACUCCAGAGAGCUCUCAGAGCCCCUGGGGGUCACGAGUAGGAUAAGGCGGUUUGUGUCCGAGGCUCGCUUCGUGGAGACAUUGCUGGUGGCUGACGCGUCCAUGGCUGCCUUCUAUGGGGCUGACCUGCAGAACCACAUCCUGACGCUGAUGUCUGUGGCGGCCCAGAUCUACAAGCACCCCAGCAUCAGGAACGCCAUCAACCUGAUGGUGGUGAAAGUGCUCAUUGUGGAAGAUGAGAAGUGGGGCCCAGAAGUGACCGACAAUGGUGGGCUCACCUUGCGUAACUUCUGCAGCUGGCAGCGGCGUUUCAACCAGCCUAGCGACCGUCAUCCAGAGCACUACGACACCGCCAUCCUGCUCACCAGACAGAACUUCUGUGGGAAGGAGGGCAUGUGUGACACACUGGGUGUGGCUGACAUUGGCACAAUCUGCGACCCCAACAAGAGCUGCUCUGUGAUUGAGGACGAGGGACUCCAGGCAGCCUACACGCUGGCCCAUGAGCUAGGGCACGUGCUCAGCAUGCCCCAUGAUGACUCCAAGCCCUGUGAGCGCCUCUUUGGGCCCAUGGACAAGCACCACAUGAUGGCACCACUCUUCGUCUACCUCAACAAGACCUUGCCCUGGUCCCCAUGCAGCGCGAUGUACAUCACAGAGUUCCUGGACGGUGGCCAUGGAGACUGCCUCUUAGAUGCCCCAACCUCAGCUCUGCCGCUCCCAACAGACCUCCCAGGCCUCAGGACCCUCUACACUCUGGAUGAACAGUGCAAGCAGAUCUUUGGGCUGGGCUUCCGCCACUGCCCCAACACCUCUGUGCAGGAUAUCUGUGCCCAGCUCUGGUGCCAAGGAGAGAGUGCUGAGCCUCUGUGCCACACCAAGAAUGGCAGCCUGCCCUGGGCAGAUGGGACACCCUGUGGGCCUGGGCACCGAUGCCGGGAUGGUGGCUGUCUGCCUGAGGAGGAAGCGGAAAGGCCUGAGGCUGUGGUGGACGGUGCCUGGGCCCCGUGGGGACCCUGGGGAGAAUGUUCCCGCACCUGUGGAGGAGGAGUUCAGUUUUCAUACCGAGAGUGCAAAGACCCUGAGCCACAAAACGGAGGAAGCUACUGCCUGGGCCGGAGAGCUAAAUACCAGUCCUGCCACACUGAAGAAUGCCCGCCUGAUGGGAAAAGCUUCAGGGAGCAGCAGUGUGAGAAGUACAACACUUACAAUUAUACUGACGUGGAGGGGAAUCUCCUACAGUGGGUCCCCAAGUAUGCAGGGGUGUCACCCCGAGACCGCUGCAAGCUGUUCUGCCGAGCCCGAGGAAGGAUUGAGUUCAAAGUGUUCGAGGCCAAAGUCAUCGAUGGCACUCUCUGUGGGCCAGAAACACUGGCCAUCUGUGUCCGUGGCCAGUGUGUGAAGGCUGGCUGUGACCACGUGGUGGACUCGCCCAGGAAGCUGGACAAGUGUGGGGUGUGUGGGGGCAAAGGCAAUUCAUGCAGGAAGGUCUCUGGUUCACUCAACCCAUCCAAUUAUGGCUAUAAUGACAUCGUCACCAUCCCAGCCGGUGCCACCAACAUUGAUGUGAAACAACGGAGCCUACCAGGGGUACAAAAUGAUGGCAACUACUUGGCAUUAAAGACCUCCGAUGGGCACUACUUGCUCAAUGGAAAUCUGGCCAUCUCUGCCAUGGAACAGGACAUCUCAGUUAAAGGGACCAUCCUUAAGUACAGUGGCUCCAUUGCCACCCUGGAGCGAAUACAGAGCUUCCGGCCCUUGCCUGAGCCUCUGAUUGUCCAGUUGCUGACCAUUCCUGGUGAGGUCUUUCCACCCAAAGUCAAGUAUUCUUUCUUUGUUCCUAAUGAUGUGGACUUCAGCAUGCCAAACAGCAAGGAGCGAGCCACCACCAACAUCAUCCAGCCCCUGCUCAAUGCACAGUGGGUGCUGGGGGAGUGGUCUGAGUGCUCCAGGACCUGUGGAACUGGCUGGCAGUGGCGGCCUGUGGAGUGCUGGGACCCCACGGGCCAGGCCUCAACCACCUGCAACUUGGCUCUGAAACCUGAGGAUGCCAAGCCUUGUGGAAGCCAGCCAUGCUCCUUGUGA